UUUUCUUACAAGAAAUUAAAUGACACAGAAAGAAUUUGUUGACACUCACGACGAUGGAAAGUUCGGUGUCUGUUACAGAAACUGUAGAUUUACCAAGUCAUAUUUUGGUUCAAAAUCAGAUGCAAGACAUUAUUUUUACUCAAAAGAAUGUGAUAGAAAAGUUAUCUCAAGAUUUGUCCAGUCAUGAAGAUUCCAUGAGAGAAAGUUUUGCUUCAAAGUCCAUAUAUGAAGAAGAGUUGAAGAACCUACAGAGAAGUAUUAGAGAUGACUAUGUUCCUAGAAGUAAAUUAGAAGAAGCAGAGAAUGACUUGCAGGAGGAGAGAUUAUCUCAUUUAAACACAAAGAAACAACUGAAUGAUGUAUCUGACAGACUGGAGUUUGCAUUAGGAGAAAUAGAAGUUGUUACCAAACAGAUAGAAAGAGAAAAGGCGGCUUUUCAGAAAGCGUUUGGGACAGUUCAGACUAAAGCCAUUCAAGAAACAUCAAAGUCAAUAAAACUGGAACGCAAAUAUACAGAUGUAACAAAACAGUGUGAAAAACAGCAAGAUGAUUUAGAAUCAAAAACUGAAGAAUUAAAAUUUUUGGAAGGCAAAGUAAAAGAACAAGAAGUUGUUUAUAAGAAGAAAUUGAAUGAACUAGAAAUUCAAAAGAAACAGGAUCGGUAUAUAGCAAAAAUGAUGGAAGAUCAGAGCAGAAGAAAAAAUAAAACUAAAACUAGUUUAUUGACUCAAAAGUGAUAGAAAAUGAUUAUACCCAUGUUAAAUAAUGAUAUUGGCAGCUAUAAAUUUGUAUACUAUUUGUAAAAUUGCUGCCGCUGUAAGAGUUGAAAAUAAGUAAUUAUGGUACAAGAGAUUUGGAAAUAGAGCAAAUGAUAUAUAUCUGUCUGCCAUGACAUACUAUUGACUUUAGUAUAGCACUGUAUAAAGUUUGCAGAUGUAUAGGUUUAAGAAAGCUAGGUGUGAUUUAUAUAUGUUAUGUUUGAUAUAUAUAUAUGUAUGUGUAUGCUUUAUGAUAUUUGAAAGUAGAUAAAUAAUGAUGAUUUGA